AUCCCCUCUCGCGGUAGGAGUCGGUAGCUAGCGCCUCGCGCCACUCCCGUGUGUGUCGACGCUAGGUCCUCCUCCAGUCUCUUUAAACUGCUCUCGCCGCCGAACGAACAACAUAUUCGGGCACCUCGUCUACGAACACGCCUCCGUUCAUGUGUGCUUCCAAGGAUAUUUCUCUCUCGGUGGGAGCGUCUGGAACAUAGACCGAAAACACAGUCGGAGCUGUGUUUUGUUUCUGUUUUUUUUCUUUUUUAAGUAAAGGUUGCUGACCAACUGAUAAAGGCGAGCCGAGGAGGGCAUCCGGCGGCCCCGGCAGCUCCGGAGACUCGGCUUCGAGGGGUUCACCAUUUUCAGGCCGGCGACUGCCCCUGCUAUGGAGAAGAUGAAGAGGAUAAAGAAGCGUCUGUCGUUAACCCUCCGGCCCAGUCUGACCAUCGACGAAUCUCUCUCAGAGCUGGCUGAGCAGAUGACCAUCGAGGACGGCGGGACGAAGGACAACGAGCCCUUUAUGAGGAAUGGCCGCCCCCCCACCUCCCACAGCAUGCACUCCUUUCUGCACCAGUACACCGGCUCCUUCAAGAAGCCGCCCCUCCGCCGGCCGCACAGCGUCAUCGGCGGCAGCCUCGGGUCCUUCAUGGCCAUGCCGCGCAACGGCAGUCGCCUGGACAUUGUUCACGAGAACCUGAAGAUGGGUUCUGACGGGGAGAGCGACCAGGCUUCAGGGACAUCUUCAGACGAGGUUCAGUCCCCGACGGGCGUCUGUCUGCGGAACAGAGUCCACCGCAGGAUCUCCAUAGAGGACCUGAACAAGCGCCUGUCCCUGCCCGCUGACAUCCGCAUCCCCGACGGCUACCUGGAGAAGCUGCAGCUCAGCAGCCCGCCCUUCGACCAGCCGCUCAGCCGACGCUCCCGCCGGGCCUCGCUGUCCGAGAUCGGUUUCGGGAAGCUGGAGACGUACAUUAAGCUGGACAAACUUGGAGAGGGGACGUACGCCACGGUGUUCAAGGGCCGCAGUAAGCUGACGGACAACCUGGUGGCGCUGAAGGAGAUCCGCCUGGAGCACGAAGAAGGAGCGCCGUGCACGGCCAUCAGAGAAGUGUCGCUCCUAAAAGACUUGAAACACGCCAACAUCGUGACGUUACACGACAUCGUCCACACCGACAAGAGCCUGACGCUCGUCUUUGAGUACCUGGAUAAAGACCUGAAGCAGUACAUGGACGACUGUGGAAACAUCAUGAGCAUGCACAAUGUGAAGAUCUUCCUGUUUCAGAUUUUACGAGGGCUGUCUUACUGUCACAAGAGAAAAGUGCUCCACAGAGACCUGAAGCCGCAGAACCUCCUGAUCAACGAGAAGGGGGAACUCAAGCUGGCUGACUUUGGGCUGGCCAGGGCCAAGUCUGUCCCGACCAAAACGUAUUCCAACGAGGUGGUGACUCUUUGGUAUCGGCCUCCCGACGUUCUCCUGGGAUCCUCCGAGUACUCCACGCAGAUUGACAUGUGGGGCGUGGGCUGUAUAUUCUACGAGAUGGCUGCAGGUCGGCCUCUGUUCCCAGGCUCCACCGUGGAGGACGAGCUUCAUCUUAUUUUCAGGCUGCUGGGCACGCCCACAGAGGAGAACUGGCCCGGGAUCUCCUCCAUCGAAGAGUUUAAAUCCUACAACUUCCCCAAAUACAAGCCCCAGCCGCUGAUCAACCACGCACCCAGGCUGGACAGCGAAGGCAUCGAGCUGCUGCUGGCUUUCCUCAGAUACGAGUCCAAGGCGAGGAUUUCAGCCGAAGAAGCGAUGAAACAUUCCUACUUCAGGCAGCUGGGGAUGAGAGUCCACACACUGCCUGAAAGCGUGUCGAUGUUCACGUUAAAAGAGUUGCAGCUUCAAAGAGACCCUGGCUACAGGAACUCCUCCUACCCCGAGUCAGGUAACGGCAACAUCAACAGAAGGCAAAGCAUGCUUUUCUAAUAUUUCCCAAGGAGGAUGGUCAACCAGCCAGCUUCACCUCCACCUCCCAGCAACUUCUCGCAUGAGCCCACCUCCCUUCGGAGCGUCUCUCCCUCACUCGCACACACAAGCGUACACACACACACACAGCCACACACACCCUCUGAAUGAGUGACUUUGAGUCAAAACGCUUGGAGACUGUUUAUUUAUUGGGGUGUGAGGUUAACUUAUUUUGCUGCUAAACUACUACUGUCUACUAUAUGUGACAUAACAUGUCUGUCUGUGUGGGUGUGUGUGUGUGUGUGUGUGUGUGUGUGUGUGUACCUGUGUGUUAGUGCACAUGAUGUGAACUGAAGACAACAUCCACAGCUAAGCAGUCUGUUAGGUUACUGUUGUUUUGUCUUCUGACUACAAUUUUUUGGUAUCUUUAGUUUGAAAUUCAACUGAUGUUGAUGUCAACGCUGUGAUGAAGUUGUUGUUUUUAUUGUUGUGCUUAUAGAGCGACAGCUGCAGUUUCUUCAUACUUUUUAUGCAUUGAGUAUAUCUAUACAUAUAUAUAUUUAUGUGUAUAUAUGUACAUGUAUAUUUGGAUAGUUUUUUUUUUUGUUUUUGUUUUCCUUCGAGCUUCCGUGACUGAACUAUACAAGAUUUCUACAUUUCAAAAGGCUUUAGCCCUCAACGGUGUUGGCUUUAGGGGGGUGGGGUUGAUGAUGGUGAUGGUCGGGGGGUCCCACCGAAAGACUGAGCAUAGCGAUUGAGAGCUGAGCGAAGCUAACAGUUAUAGCUGUUGGAGUUAUUCUCAUUUUGGUCACUCCGGCAUAUUAACAGGACCAAAUCUGAGGGAGAAAAACAAUGGAAAUAGGCAUGGGCUGGUAUCUGAUUCCCAAGGUAUAACUAUGCUUAAAAAUAUCCCCAUGUUUAAAUGAAACUUCAUAAGAUGAUCUAAAGGCUUUUAUUUGAAUCAGAAAAGCAAGAGUUAUUACUGCAUUUGCUAAAAUAUGACACAUUAUAAUUAUAAUAUCACAUUUUGAUUUUCAUACAUAUGCUAAGGCAAAAAUGUGGCAUAAAAAGCAGUUAAAUUUAGUACUAAACAUGUAUUGCCCUUAAUAGACAUCAGAUUAACUAGUAUCACGUGGUUAAUUAGGCCUGAUGUCUGCUCCGGU